AUGGCCGCAAAAGCGAUACCUUCCGAACAUGCCUCGGCGGCAGCAUCGGCGCUCACAGAAUCCUUCCAAGCCGCCGUCGAUUUCGCCACUGAAAACUUCAAAAAGGUUCCCGGCAGCGCCAUCAUCGCCCGCUACGUCGCCAGCAGCUACCAGAACGAUCCCGUAAGGUCCCUCCUCGAACUCUUUCUCGUCCUCUUCGCCCUGCGAACCGUAUUGCAGAGCAGGACACGAGGCGGUGCUAGUGGCAAGAACUUUGUCAAUCUCUCAGGAAAGGAGAUCGAUGACCUCGUUGCCGAGUUCAAGCCAGAACCCCUCUGCGCUCCCUUGACCCCCGCCGAGUCGAGAGAGCUUGCUUCCAUCCCCACCAUCGUCGGAGGCGCCAGCAGCAAGCCUCAGAUCAGCUUGGCCUCUCACAAUGCCGGAAAACCGACACAGGUCAUGAACCUCGCCAGCUACAACUUCACCAACCUCGCUGGUCACGAAGCAGUCAAGGAGAAGGCCAUCGAGACGUUGAGGAACUACGGCGUAGGCAGCUGUUCGCCUCCCGGCUUUUACGGUACCAUCGACGUACACAUGCAGCUUGAAUCCGACAUUGCUCGCUUCCUCGGCACCCAGAACUGCAUCAUAUACAGUCAAGGCUUCAGCACCAUCUCCUCCGUCAUCCCCGCCUUUUCCAAGCGCGGCGACAUCAUCGUCGCAGACCGUGGCGUCAACUAUGCCAUCCAGAAGGGUAUCCAGAUUUCGCGAUCCACCGUCUACUGGUACGACCACAACGACAUGCAGUCGCUUCAGACCGUGCUCGAGCAGGUCAAGCGCGACACCAAGCGAAGGAACGGUCCCUUGACGCGUCGCUUCAUCGUCACCGAGGGUGUGUUCGAGGCAGAUGGUGCUUUGAGCGACUUGCCCAAGAUCCAAGAGCUGAAGAAACGAUACAAGUUCCGUCUCAUUCUCGACGAGAGUAUCAGCUUUGGUACGGUUGGCGCUACAGGUCGCGGAUUGACCGAGCUCUUCAACAUCCCCGCUUCGGACAUCGAGAUCCUCGUUGGAUCCAUGGCCAACACGCUCGGUGCUGCAGGAGGUUUCUGCGCUGGUUCCGACGAAGUCGUUUUCCACCAACGCAUCAACGGCACCUCCUUUGUCUUCUCCGCUGCACUCCCCGCUCUGCUCGCAGUAGCAGCUAGCACCGCCAUCUCGUACAUGGUCGCACAGCCCUCCAUCCUCACCACUCUUCAGGACAACGUCAAGACGCUUCGAUCCAUCCUCGACCACGUCGAAUCGCUCCGCAUCUCUAGCGAUCCACGCAGUCCUCUCGUCCACAUCCAGAUCCGAAGCAAGACCGACCGUCACCCGGAUACACCCGCUGACAAGUUCGACAAGGGCAAGAACAGUCUCGCCGUCGGAGACGUCAGUUUGACGCUGGCCAACAGCAACGAUGGCAAGAGGAUCGCCGCUGCAGGUCCCCAGGAGCAUGAUCUUUCGGUGGACGAACAGAUGAGGUUGCUGCAGGCGAUUGUGGAUGACGCGUUGGAACACGGCAUCUUUGUCACCAGGAUGAAGAGGUUGCCGAGCAUCAAUCCCAAGGUGUUGGAGGUGGCGCCGGAGUCCAGGCCGAACAUCAGGGUGGCGGUGAGCACGGCGUUUACCAAGAAGGAGAUGGAGAAGGCGGGUAAUGUGAUCAAGGCUAGUGCGGUCAAGGUGUUGGGUAAGAGGAGGUGA